AUGUCCACUUCUGAGGGCGCCUCGGACGGGCCGGGCACCACGGCUCGGGAUCUGGUGAGGGAGAUUGCCAAAGAUCGUGGCUAUCUAGGCGAAGACCAGCUCGCCGCCAUCGGAGCCAUCAACCCCGACCUCAGGCGUGAGGUUGAAGAGGCUCUCCUCCGGAAGGAUGAGAUGAUCGGUUCGGCCGUUUUGACAUUAGCGAGAAACCUCUACACAAGCAAUGCAAGAUUCGUCUUUGAGCUUUUGCAGAAUGCCGACGACAACAAUUACAGUACCGCCAUUUCGCAAGGCGAGGAUCCUUAUGUUUCGUUCAAGAUUUGGCCCGACAAGGUGUCGAUUGAGUGCAAUGAGAAUGGCUUCACACAUGAAAACCUGAGAGCGAUCUGCGCCAUCGGCAAAAGCUCCAAAGUCGGCGCAGCGGGCUACAUCGGCGAGAAGGGCAUCGGUUUCAAGUCUGUGUUUAUGGCCGCCUGGAAGGUUCACAUCCAGUCCAACGACUUUUCCUUCUCCUUUACUCAUCGAAAGGGAGACUCGGGACUCGGCAUGGUUACGCCUGUGUGGGAGGAGACUGACGAAGUUCUUGGGGAGACCCUGACACGGAUUACUUUAUUCCUUCACACGAGCGACGACCCCGAGGAAGAUGCCCGGCAACUGGAGACCAUCAAACUUCAGUUUCAAGACCUUCAGCACACCAUUCUUCUCUUCCUCCGGAAGCUGCGCAGAGUACAGGUCUCAUUUUUCGAUGAAGAUGACAGCUUGACCUCAGUGACGACCUACUCGCUCCACGGCAGCAACCCAGCAACAGUUCGAAAGACGACUUCUGAGGGCGUGGAGGAGCGACGGUAUCACGUUACAAAGCACAUGGCCGAGAACAUUCCCAAGAGCGAGAACAGAACCUACUCGGAAGAAAGAGAUCGUGCCGAUUCAUCAGCAGAGGUUGUUCUAGCAUUCCCGCUGGCGGAGUCUGCAACGCCCAUUGUUGAAAGCCAGGACGUCUUUGCCUUUUUGCCAAUGCGCCCAAUGGGUUUCAAGUUCCUCAUUCACACCGAUUUCGUCACCGAGGCAAGUCGACAAGGACUCGUCGUCACAUCCCUUAGGAACCGCGCGCUUUUGACCGGAAUCGCAGACUGCUUCAUCAAAGCAAUCCAAGAGUUCUGCGACCACCCCACGCUCCAGUAUCAGUGGAUGCGAUGGCUUCCCCAGCGCGAUUCCUACCCGUGGGACAGCUUCUGGUCAGGCUUGCUGGACAGGAUCGAGGAGCGGAUUCAAGAGGUCAAGGUCCUUCGCACGCUGGGCACGGGGAAGCUCGACUACAUUCAUAAGCUGUGCCGGCUGCAGCCGUGGUUGCGUGAUAAGCAGGGAGAUCCCCUGUUUAUGGAUAUGGACGAGGAGAUUUAUCUCUCUAAAGAGUACAAGACGGAAGACUUGGCUUUGUUGAAGCCAUAUGGGCUGGAGAAUGUCUCUGCUUGGGAUAUGAUUGUCCGCGUGGAAAAGGAUCUCCAGAAGCAACCGGAAGCGUCACGAAUGAAGAACCCGGAGACGGAUAACGAGUGGCAUUCGCUCGCAGCAAGAGCCCUCGUCCUACUCAAAGACACCGCAACCCUGAAAGCGUCACAAGAUCGGAUCAAAGACCUCAAAUUUAUCCCCCUGGAGAAUGGCGAGUGGGUUUCUGCCGGCAGUGGCCCUUUGUACUACUCGCACUGCCCUGGGCAGCUGGCCAUUCCCGACGACCUCAACUUGAGCCUCGUCGAUCCGAACGCUGCUGACAAUCCUGACCGAAGAGCGCUAUUCGACAAGUUUGGCGUCAUCGAGGCACUGGUGAAGGAUGUUCGGGGUCUGAUCCUGAAGAAGCCAGCUGUCGCUGUGGCAGAUGAGGCGGCACUCUCAGCUUCCAUUAGCCACUUGAAGUUCCUAUACCUGUCAGAAGGCUUGUUGGAUGGAGACGAGUCUCAAUUGAGGCUAGACGGCUACUACGUAUAUGAUCAGGACAUGAAAGCAUGCUCACCUUCAAGGCAGGACGUCUACCUCGCGACCGACGACGAAUACGGCCCAAGCAAACUUCUCAAGCCGAACGAAGAGUCGACGGGCUUCGCAGCGCCUUUCCUGCACGAAAAGUACUUUGACGAAGAGCCAGCCACACCGCCAGGUUCCAGGUGGUCGUGGGUAGCGUGGAUGGAAAACCGACUCUUCCUACGUCGACAUCUUAGACUCACCCAGAUGGGAGCUGCGCGGAAGUUGGAACUCUCUUCUGUCUUUCGGUUCAUCGAACAGCACCGACCCGAAUGCCUUUUGGGCGCGCUACAGCAAGUCUGGGAAUUUGAACAGGCGACUGUGGCGGCAUCGCCGGAAAUCAUGAGGCAGCUGCAAGACAUGGAGGUCGUUUGCAAGGGCGGAAACGAGUUUGCACUAUCAGAACCACUAUCGACAACUUACCUACCCCUGCCUGAGCUUGAAGGAAAGCAUGCUCGAUACGCCGAAGACGAGGACUUUAUCUUUCUUGAUCUGAACGAGCCCAUCACUAUGGGCACAUACCGGUCGAAAUGGGGAUUUCUAGUCGACUAUCUAGGCGUUGGCGACACUGACGAUCUACAAUUUUACUUGAGCAUUCUCAAGACAAUUCGCUUCAGCAAUACGGCUGCAGGUGUUCGUCGGAACUCCAGAAUCUUGGAUCUUUACGAGGUUAUCUACGGACGCUGUCGUGAGGCUGAUAGUUUCCUGAACGCGCAAGCAGAGGCAAGGCAAGAGAUUACUGAUGGAAACCUGAUCUUUGUUCCGGGACAUGACUCCAACCCAGCGACAUGGGCAUCACCCGAAAAGUGCCUCUGGAGCGCUCGAGAAGACAUGCAGACAGCGUACCCGCUUGAGCACCUUUACCAGGCACAGUUUGGGCGAUCCGGAGACGAGCUCGAUGUCUUGAGGCAGUUCUUCAAAACGACACUAGGCGUUCCAGACGCUUCUUGGAGUCACUACUUGGCUGAGAUACGGAAGCUGAAGAGUGUGGGAAGCGAGGAUUUUGACUGGAUCAACGAUCUCUACACUUCUCUGGACGACAUCAGGCGAACCCUUCCUGAGAUUGAUGCGUUAAAGCUCAAGAAGGCAUUUGCUGAAGAGGCUUUGGUCUACGUCAACAUUGGGAACACGAGUCGCUGGUACACAGCGGGCGAAUGUCUCUGGUCUAGCGCUACCCAGAUUAGAGGACGAGUGGCACUGAACGAUCUUUAUCCCGACUUGGAGGAUUUCUUUGUGAGCUUUCUUGGCGUGCAAGAGCUGACACUGGACAUGGCCUACGAUGAACUCAAAGAAAUGGGUGCAAGAGUGCCCUCCCCGUCAACCACGGCAGUCAAGGAAACGAUAUGGGCACUCAACUCCCUGUUGGUCUCUGCUAAUGACUUCCCUGAUGAGGAACCCAUCUUCAUCGGCAAGGUUUUUCCCGUAAAGUAUCCCAACGGAUCGGUCAAGUUGCAAACAGGCAGAACACAAUUCGCCAUCACCGAUCGGAAAGCCCUGGGUGAUAUUUUCGGCCCUCAGGCUAAGAUUCUCGAUUUUUCUCUUGAUGAAGUUCGUCGCUUGAGGCCAUUCCUCUCUUGGCUGGGGCUGGAGACGAGGUAUCUGUCUACCAUGGUCAGGGAGAUUUCGACUGUGGCGGGUGGGAGGAUGGAUAGACUGCAGUACCCUGAUCGCGACAUUCGGCAAAAGGCAGAUGGUCUCUACAGGAUCGCCGUGCACUUCAACAGUCCCCGUACAAUGGCCGACAACCAAGAACUCUAUUGGGUCCUUUGUCGCACAGAAGUCUACGAAACAGAUGGCAUCUCAUCAGAACUGCACCUUUCCCAAGAUGGCCACGACUUGGUCCACGUCCAAGAGAGAAGCGAACUCCAUCUACGCGAAGACGACGAGACCCUCAAGGUCUACGUUCCUCGAGAUCCCAAGACCCAAGGCUUCUGCUACUUUUCGGCUCUUCCGAGACGGAUAAUGGAGUGGAUGAUGAUGGACCCUGCGACUUUUCAGACGAAGCCUGCUGGAUCACGGGCUAUUCAGGUUGUCACUUCUGUUUUGAACGCACCGAUUAUCAACAUGACGCAGAUCUUGGAGGCGGAGGGUAUUGUGGAGGUUGAGAUUCCAGAAGAGAUUGAAGAGGAGGAAGAAGUGGAAGAGGAUGAGGAUACUUUGGAAGUCGAGGGCGAGAUUUUUGCUGAAGAGCCAUCCGGCGAAGAAGAAGAGCCGGCCGUGGAAGUCGUGGAGGAGGAAGACGACCCCGACGACACCAUCAAUCCUGAAGCUGAAGAGGAUCUCAUCGCCAGAUACCUUGCGCAACCCGAGAUCCACGAACACGACAUCUCCAGCGACGACGAAGACUCCGUGUUCCGUCAAUUCGCCGACAUGAGAUCUCCUCCUCGGUGGGGAGAUCUCCCCGUACGCCAAAGAAGCCCCGCGACGUCAAAUUCAUCAAUCACCGGGCGAAGACUGUUUACUCCAGCUUCUUCCACAACCGAACCUCCCCGCCAAAAUCGCCGAACAUCAAACAACACCCCCCAAACACCGAACGUGAGCGCGACGAGCAGACUAACGAGCGGGCAACCACAGCCAAGACCAGCCACACAGCCAGCCUUUGUCUUUGGAUCUUCGCCCGCAGCACAGUCCACCACUUCGGCGUUCCAGUUUCAGGGCUUGGGUGGGCGGCCUGAGGAGCCGACUAUUGACGAUGAUGCAGAGUAUUUGAGGCUGGUCAACAAUGUCAUUUCGGCAGCGAGCACCGCGAGGUUCCCCAGCAAGGGCGCAUACGACAUGUCUGGUCUAUUUGGUGCUCUUCCGGAUGUUGAAGAAGACGAAGUUGAACUCUCUCGACGAUUCCGGUCGCGCAACCCACUUGAGCGCGACAUGAAGAUUGGAGCGCUAGGCGAACUCUUCGUGUUUGAGCUCCUCUCCAAGAUGGACCCUUCACUACCAAGAUUCAGCAGGGAAAACUGGCAAAGCCAGAUGCGCAAAUUCGUCACGGUCCACCCUAACUACGCUGACAUGCUACCUUGGACGGGGAGGGAAACAGCCGACAUUGUCUACUUUGAUAGGAAGCGCGCGUUGACGACGCAUCUCGUGGAUAAGGGCUAUCUCGACCGGACGGCGUGGUUGACCAAGAAGCCGCUGUACAUGAUCGAGGUCAAGGCCACCACGGGACACUCACGCACGCCGUUUUACAUGAGCAAGAGACAAUACCAGAGGAUGCAAGAGAACACCAACACAACGCUCUCGCCCAUGGUGUCGCCCAUCAUUUACCUCGUCGCCCGCGUCUCCAACGUCGACAAGCCAAAUGUAGAAGUCAAGCUAUACGUCGAUCCGGAGAAGCUACGGCAGGAAGGUUCGUUGGUGUUUACCGGAGAAACGUGGUCUGUUGUGCCAGGGCCGGGGGCGGGUUGA